AUGGCAAAAAUUUUAAACGGCAAAUUCAUGCGAGGUAAAAAACCAACUUUACUACCAGAUGAUAAACUUCAAGAACUUUGUAAUGAAGAUUUUGAACAGAUCUUUACCAAAAUAGACGAAGCAAAACGAAGAUUUGUCGUUGCAAUUCAAGAUGACUUAAUAAAAUACGUUGAAGACUAUGAAACGUCUCGUAAAUCAUCAAAAGCAAAUGCAACUCAGAGCAUGAACUUUACUACCAAUAUAGAUAUUUCUGAUCCAGGAAUGGAUCAACUCGAUUUAAAUCAGUAUACGACUAAUGAUCAAUUUACUAAUAUUGAUCAAUCAAGCGGAACUGACCCUGGCAGUAUUACUGGUGAAACACUCACUGAUCAUAGAUCAUCACAAUUAACACCAAAUGAAUCUUCUAACGAAGAAUCCGCAAUCCAACGAACAACAGAUAAUCAAUUUUCUAUUAAUAAUCUUACUAUUGAUGAUACUAAUGAAUCAAAGCCACUUGAAUCCAUAAAUACAACCGGAAGUAUUCAAUCACCAACAAAGCCUAUAUCAACACCAAGCAGUCACUCUCCUACAAAGCCUGCUUCAACACCUACACCAAGUGUUCAAUCUCAGAUUCAAUCUCCAUCUCCAUCGCCAGCUCCUCCACCACCAGCUCCCAGAACAUCACCAAUGAAUUCUUCAAGAGAAGAAAAGACAGCUCAAGCUAUAAAACCAAGAAUCAUUCCUCAAGAAGAUGAUUUUGAUGAGGAAGAGGAUGACUUUGACUUCGGAGGCUUAGUAUAA